AUGGCUCUUAGAGUUCCCUUUUAUUUGAGCAUGUUGGCCUGUAAAACCCAUGCAACUAUCACUGUUGCUUUUACUCUUUUUCAUAGGCUAGCUAUCGCUGGAAUUUCUAUCAUUACAUAUCUCAGAGUAUGUAAACAAAAAGCUUGUAACACUGGUAGAUACGAUUGGAAAUUAUUUUUACCUGUGGCUAUCAUCUCAGUGUUUCUUUCUAUCAUUAGUUUCAAUACUUAUGGUCCUGUUGUAUAUUGGUGCGCUGCAAUACCAAAUACAAUAGCCAUACCGAUAUUUUCUAUUUUUAUGACUGUCAUUGUACUCUCUAUAUGCUCAUUCUGUUACAUUCGAACUAUUCAAGCAAUACGUUCCGUUAAAAAACAACAAUCUGAAAUUGUUGAAAGUAGUGGUGUAAUUAAGAAAAGAGUUACUUUAAAGGCUCCUAUAGAUAGUGUUGAAAUGAAAGUUUCUAUAAAAGUUAUGGGUUAUAUACUUGUUUUUAUGUUACAAUGGGUUCCUGCAAUACCCUAUGAUAUAUAUCAAUUCUAUGGACGUGCUGCCCCUUGGGUUUAUUGCAUGGUUCUUAUAUCUGUUAAUUCAGGUAGCGUUGGAAAUGCUAUAUUUUAUGUAAUAAAUGAAGGUUGGAGCCGUUAUGGCAGUGAGCUUUCUUCCUCAUCUCAAGGCCAAUUCAAUGAUACUAGUAAAAAUUCUGCUGCAACCCUCAAUCAAAGUAAUACUUAUGUUAAAUCGAUUGAUGUUGAAAAUGGAACUUCUGAUAUUAAAGAAAUUGAUUUUUAUAACCAUUAG